AUCAAUUUAGAAAACAAGGAAUAAGAGCUAAAUAACAGAUUGCAGAUUUACUUACAACUAUGAAAAACUCCAUGACCGACUCUUCGUAAUUCACCACGCAAACUUUGUAAUUUUUCUCACAAAUUUCACAUUUCCAAUCUUAUCUGUUGGAAAAUGUACUUUAUUAUAAACAUGAGUGGGCCUUUAAUUGUUAAGACCCCAGCAGACGGAUGUAAACAUCCACGUCAGUGAAAAAGUUGUAAAUGUUACCGUUUUGAAUGUUGUCAUUAAGUGGCUGGGGGAAAAAAAAUCACGGUUCCACUAGCGACUAGCCCAGAUUGAGAAGUGUAAAGUUAUUCUUGCCCUGAAAAGGUUAAUUAAGUUGAACCAUGUGAUUUCGUUCCCGCCAGUCAAAUGUACCGGAAAUCAAUACACUGGCAACCUUUGAUACUAAAAAAAAAAAAAGGUUUCAGACUGAUACCUCAUUUUAACUUUUCAAAUGAUGAUCUAAAACACAAAACAUGUUCUUUAAAUAUGAUAAUACAGAUUUUUCUAAGAUACUAAAGUCCAGUAAUGUACGACAGUACAAUUUUCCAAAUGCAUUCUGGUGCCCUGUAAAGAAAGGGGAAUCCCGUUAAGGUUCCAUUAUUUACAGUCCUUGUAGAUUGAAAGUGAAAUGAAACGAGAGAAAGAAAGAAAAGAGGAAUUCCUGAGUUCUGGGUUAAAAUAAAAAAAAGAAAAAUAUUUUCACUUCCCUUUUCUUUUUUGGUAUAAAGGCCAGUUCCCUUCAAGAAAAUGACACAUGGUCACAAUGACAGCAACGAUAUAUUUUCUUGUUCUUUCCACGCUGCCACAACUCAUAGUCCCUUUGGAGACCUCCUAUGGCGCACGAGCAGAGCUGGUGUCAGGUCAUUCUCGGGUUUUCUCCGGGGAACACGUCCGGCUCAGAUGCAGCAUUCCCGAUGGCCGCAACUCUUCCUGGAAUUAUUUGUGGUUCAAAGAAACCAAGCGGCUGGAGCACCAUGCAGAAAUGUUGACUCUGAAAGGCUUUCUUAGCGACAGUGGAGAGUUUCGAUGCCAAGGAGUCAGGGACACGGCUGUGGGAAACAUAUAUACGCAAAAAAGCCCUCCCGUGGAAAUAAAUAUGGAUGGAGGUUGGGCCAUCCUGCAGGUCCCGCAGCUGCCAGGCCUCGUCGGAGAGACGUUGAACAUGAGCUGCCGCGUGCGCGGCCGUCCCCGACCUCACGAGGUGAUUUUGUACAAAGAUGGCGUGGAAGUCCAGAGGCAAAGCGGCUUCAACCCAAAGUUGAGCUUGGACCUCCUGAGAAUGGAAGACCAAGGACUGUACUCCUGCAGGGCAUCUUGGGAUGACGACAGAAAAACUCAUUCAGUGAUUUCGAAUGAUGUUCAAGUCAAUGUCAAAGAGGUUCUGACACAGCCCGUGCUAGAGGUGGUCACAGAAAACGACCUGCUGCUGGACGAUCAGAUUAAGCUCACUUGCCAUCUCCAGUACAACGCCCGCACUCCGGCGCCUCCCAUACACUACUACUUCUACAGGGAUAACAGGCGGUUGGGGACGGCCACUUCCAAGAACUUUACGCUGGUCAAACAGAGACCAGGUCUGUACAGCUGCAAGGCCAAGGUGCCCCAGCUUGGCCUAUGCAAGUGGAGUGAGACCGAAGCAUUCGAAGAGUGACAAAGACAUGAAAGUAGUACGGGUAACAUGCCACAGGUUGGCUGAAGAUGCUUCUGAUUCUUCGGAUUAGAGAUGACACGUCCUCAUUUGACACGUAUGCUACCACCAGUUUUAAUUUUCGGAUGAACUGAACAGACUAAUACUCUCACGGUUGAGAAAAGGAAAGUCACGGCCACUGUAUUCUUGGGAAUACAAACUGUUGCUUUGAGU